GCCAAAGGGAUCCUGGCAUUGCAAGAGCCCACCAGCUCUCUCUCAAGCGACCAACCCGAACUCUGGAAUGGCUUUAUCUGCACAUGUUGACAAACUGAUCGAUUCAAAGGCUCACAACCCCUGCAGCAGAUGCAUCAGUUUACCACCACACACCAAGGGAUUCUCCACCACACACCCCUUUCUUUAUUCCCCAUCUGAUCAAAUGCCAAUAGUAUUAUUCCCUCCCCCUCUUCAGCCACAAUUCUUCAACAUCAUCCACAUCUCCUCACAUCUACUUGUAUUCUAGCUUCUCUGGCACUCCUUCUUCCUCCCUUAUAAUAUUAAUCACCCUCCUCAGUUACUCAUCUCUCAAUUCUAAAUCGUCCCCGAAGUGAGUGUAUCUUUUCCUGAAUACUUUUCUGGCGUUAUUAGGUUUUCAGAUAUGCUAGAAGGGAAGGCUGUCGUCCGUGAGACCGACAUGCUCCAGGCGAUGCAGCAGGAAGCUCUCAAUUUGGCAUCCAAGGCGCUCGACUCCUUCGACGUCACUGAACCCACGGACAUCGCGCGCUUCAUCAAAAAGGAAUUUGACAGGACAUAUGGAGGAGGAUGGCAAUGCAUAGUGGGGACAGAUUUUGGUUCAUUCGUGACCCACUGCUCUGGCUGCUUCAUUUACUUCUGCGUUGGAAGCCUCGCAAUCUUACUCUUCAGGGGUUCAUCCGGACCAGAGGCUGAGCCUAACCAGUUCACGACGGCCUUAGAGACUAGUGUUGUCACAGCUUGAUGAUGUGUUCGAUCAUUUUUUAGUUUUCAUAAUUUUGAUGUCCAAUCUUUAUAUAUCCUCCCUACUUGGGCAUAUGGUGAAGAUCAAUUAGAGAUCUAUGUAAGUAGUUAACAAAUGAAAGCGCAGCAUAACAUUAUUAUUGUAACUUAUUUUAAGCGUUUCAUCAAAAGUCAAAAUCAUCUUGGUUCGGCUUCGGAGAUGUCAACAAAGCCGUGUACAGCCGGAGCCUAUCCUCCCCUAGCGAAGAGCACCGCGACAGUGGCCUCCUCGGCCGUAUGAACGAUAGCGACGUCAGCGUCAGACGGUGCUUAUACCUUCUCCACGCGAGCUGGAUUGCCACAGCGGCCCAUGUCCUCCACCCGGGCGAGUAGUACCGCGCGCUCCGCUUCACUCUCUCGUUCACGAACGUGUACCGGAAGUGCUGCGUCACGUACUUCACAUCCUCGGCCUCGAGCCCAAACGCCUCGGUGGUCUCGAGGGUGACUAGUGUCGAGGAAGAGGGCGGUAAGCGCUCGAUGAAAGGCCGCCGGAGGCACCACGAGAGGAGCUCGUCGCCACUGAAGUUGCCCGGGCCAAGCAUGCAGCAACUUUUGACGCCAUCGCGGAGGACUUGGCUGCUUUGGAGGUGGCCUCUCACUACGAAGAGCAUCCGUUGGACUGGGUCUCCUUCUCUUGUUAUCUGCACCAUGCAUGACAAUCAAAGAAAGGGAGUUAGGGUUUGCAUGUGCAAUCAUUCUGUCUCCCGGACUUCAAUCAAACAGUCGGUAGAGAUUUAAAAAGUUCUCUAUGAUGGUGGGCAAAAAGUAGAUCUUCGCAAUAACUUACUUUCAAGACACUUGACAAUGUAAAUGAGAUUUAUUUAUUACAAUGAAGCACUUGAAAUAGCGCAGAUUUUUCUAGA